CCGUCCCCAUCAGGGUCAGCUCACACAGGGCCACUGCUGUUGGGGACAGGCCGGGCAGGGACAGUGCCACCAUCUCUGUCAGGGACAGGUCACACAGGGCCUGUGGCAGUGAGGACAGGCCAGUGCCUGGCAGUGCCACCAUGCCUGUCAGGGACAGGUCACCCAGGGACAGUGGCACUGGGGACAGAUUGGUCAGGGACAGUGCCACCAUCCACGUCCGGUACAGGUCACCCAGGGACAGUGCCACCAUUGGGGACAGAUUGGUCAGGGACAGGUCACCCAGGGACAGUGGCACCGUUGGGGACAGAUUGGUCAGGAGCAGUGCCACCAUGCCUGUCAGGGACAGGUCACCCAGGGGCAGUGGCACUGGGGACAGGCCGGGCAGGGACAGUGCCACCACCCACGUCCGGGACAGGUCACCCAGGGACAGUGGCACCAUUGGGGACAGAUUGGUCAGGGACAGGUCACCCAGGGGCAGUGGCACCAUUGGGGACAGAUUGGUCAGGGGCAGUGCCACCAUCCACGUCCGGGACAGGUCACCCAGGGAGAGUGGCACCGUUGGGGACAGGCUGGGUAGUGGCAGUGGAAGUGUCCCCAUCAGGGACAGGUCACCCAGGGACAGUGGCACCGUUGGGGACAGAUUGGUCAGGAGCAGUGCCACCAUGCCUGUCAGGGACAGGUCACCCAGGGGCAGUGGCACUGGGGACAGGCCGGGCAGGGACAGUGCCACCAUCCACGUCCGGGACAGGUCACCCAGGGACAGUGGCACCACUGGGGACAGAUUGGUCAGGGACAGGUCACCCAGGGACAGUGGCACCAUUGGGGACAGGCUGGUCAGGGGCAGUGCCACCAUCCCCAUCAGGCACAGCUCAGCUGGUGGCAGUGCCACUGUCCCCGUUAAGGACAGGUCACCCAGAACCAGUGCCACCACUGGGGACAGGCCAGUGCCCAGCAGUGCCACCACUGGGGACAGGCCCAGCAGGGACAGUGCCACCUCUGGGGACAGGCCCAGCAGGGACAGUGCCACCACCACCUGGGACAGGCCCAGCAGGGACAGUGCCACCACUGGGGACAGGCCCAGCAGGGACAGUGCCACCACCACUGGGGACAGGCCCAGCAGGGACAGUGCCACCACCACUGGGGACAGGCAGGGUAGGGACAGUGCCACCGUUGGGGACAGGCCUGGCAGGAGCAGUGUCACCAGCGGGGUCAGGGGCAGUGCCACCGUCCCUGUCAGGGACAGGUCACACAGGGACGGUGGCACUGGGGACAGGCUGGGCAGGAGCAGUGUCACCAGUGGGGACAGGCCAGGCAGGGGCAGUGCCACCGUGCCCAGCAGGGACAGGUCACCCAGGGACAGUGCCACCAGUGGGGACAGGCUGGUCAGGGGCAGUGCCACUCUCCCUGUCAGGGACAGGUCACACAGGGCCUGUGGCAGUGAGGACAGGCCAGGCAGGGACAGUGCCACCAUGCCCAUCAGGGACAGGUCACACAGGGCCUGUGGCACUGAGGACAGGUCACCCAGGGACAGUGGCACUGGGGACAGGCCGGGCAGGCACAGUGCCACUGUCCCCAGCAGGGACGUGCCAGUCUCUGCCAGUGCCACUGUCCCCAUUGAGGACAGGCCAGUCACCGACAGUGGCAGCGUUGGGGACAGCCUGGUGACCCACAGCGGCGCCCCUCCUGCCAGGGACUGCCCCUCCAGGGACGGUGGCACUGCUGGGGACACGCCGGUCACUGCCAGUGCCACCGUCCCUGCCAGGGACUGCCCAGCCAGGAGCAGUGCCACCAUGGCUGUCCCCAGCGGUGCCACCAUCAUGGAUGUGGCUGUCCCCAGCAGUGCCACCAUCAUGGAUGUGGCUGUCCCCAGCAGUGCCACCAUGACUGUCCCCAGCAGUGCCACCAUCAUGGAUGUGGCUGUCCCCAGCGGUGCCACCAUCAUGGAUGUGGCUGUCCCCAGCGGUGCCACCAUCAUGGACAUGGCUGUCCCCAGCAGUGCCACCAUCAUGGAUGUGGCUGUCCCCAGCGGUGCCACCGUCACACACAUGGCUGUCCCCAGCAGUGCCACCAUCAUGGAUGUGGCUGUCCCCAGUGGUGCCACCAUCAUGGACAUGGCUGUCCCCAGCAGUGCCACCAUCACACACAUGGUUGUCCCCAGUGGUGCCACCAUCAUGGACAUGGCUGUCCCCAGUGGUGCCACCGUCACACACAUGGCUGUCCCCAGCAGUGCCACCAUAGUGGACAUGGCUGUCCCCAGCGGUGCCACCAUCAUGGACAUGGCUGUCCCCAGCAGUGCCACCAUAGUGGACAUGGCUGUCCCCAGUGGUGCCACCAUCACGGACAUGGCUGUCCCCAGCAGUGCCACCAUAGUGGACAUGGCUGUCCCCAGCGGUGCCACCAUCAUGGACAUGGCUGUCCCCAGCAGUGCCACCAUAGUGGACAUGGCUGUCCCCAGCGGUGCCACCAUCAUGGACAUGGCUGUCCCCAGCAGUGCCACCGUCACACACAUGGCUGUCCCCAGCAGUGCCACCAUCAUGGAUGUGGCUGUCCCCAGUGGUGCCACCAUCAUGGACAUGGCUGUCCCCAGCAGUGCCACCAUCACACACAUGGUUGUCCCCAGUGGUGCCACCAUCACACACAUGGCUGUCCCCAGCAGUGCCACCAUCACACACAUGGCUGUCCCCAGUGGUGCCACCAUCAUGGAUGUGGCUGUCCCCAGCAGUGCCACCAUGGUGGACAUGGCUGUCCCCAGCGGUGCCACCAUCACACACAUGGCUGUCCCCAGCAGUGCCACCAUCCCCGUUGGGGACACCCCGCUGUGGGGCAGCGGCACCGCCGUUGGGGACGGCGCUGUGGGUGGCAGUGCCACCAUCCCCGUCAGGGACUGCCCGUCCAGGGGCACGGCCACCAUCGUGGACGCUCUGGUGACGCUGAGCGGCACCGUGAUGGACAGGAGGAUCCUGGGCAGCGUCACCGUGCCCGUCAGGGCCAGCCUGUCGCGGGGCACUGCCACCAUCGUGGACACGCCCGUCUUCGUCAGUGCCACCGUGCUGGUGGGCGAGUCCAUCCCCAGGGUGACGGCCACCAUCGUGGAAUCCAGGGUGGCCGGCCACGCCGCGGGGCCCCUGGGGGACACGCUGGCCUGUGGCAGUGCCACCAUGCCCGUCAGGGAGUGCCCGCCCCGGGGCAGUGCCAGCGCGCCUCGGGGGGACAGGGACGGUGUCACCAUCAGGGACUGGACGGGCAGGGACGGUGCCACCGUCUGUGACAGGGACAGUGUCACCAUCAGGGACUGGACGGGCAGGGACGGUGCCACCGUCUGUGACAGGGACAAUGCCACCAUCCCUGGUGGGGACAGUGCCACCGUCUGUGACAGGGACAGUGUCACCAUCAGGGACUGGACGGGCAGGGACGGUGCCACCAUCGCUGGUGGGGACAGUGUCACCAUCUGUGACAGGGACAGUGUCACCAUCAGGGACUGGACGGGCAGGGACGGUGCCACCAUCUGUGACAGGGACAGUGUCACCAUCAGGGACUGGACGGGCAGGGACGGUGCCACCAUCUGUGACAGGGACAGUGUCACCAUCCCUGGUGGGGACAGUGCCACCAUCUGUGACAGGAACAGUGCCACCAUCUGUGACAGGGACAGUGUCACCAUCAGGGACUGGACGGGCAGGGACAGUGCCACCGUCUGUGACAGGGACAAUGCCACCGUCCCGAUUGGGGCCAGUCUGACGGGUGGCAGUGCCACCAUCCCCGUCAGGGAGUGCCCGUCCAGGGGCAGUGCCACCACCGCUGGGGACAGACCUGGCUGUGGCGGUGCCACCACCCUUGGGGACACGCCUGGCGGUGCCACCACCCUUGGGGACAGGCCCGGCGGUGCCACCACCCUUGGGGACAGGCUGGGCGGUGCCACCACCCUUGGGGACAGGCCUGGCAGUGCCACCACCCUUGGGGACAGGCUGGGCGGUGCCACCACCCUUGGGGACAGGCCUGGCAGUGCCACCACCGCUGGGGACAGGCCCGGCGGUGGCACCGCGCCCUCCCGGCCCGUGACGCCCGCCCGCGUCAGUGUCAUCAGGGAUGGCAGGACGGGCACCAGGGUGGCACCGGCGGCCCUGGCACAGCGCGGUCACACGCUUGGGGACACGCGGGGACACGCGAGGGCGGGCACAGCGACGGCGCCCCCCGCGUCACACCAGUAA